AUGCAUGCUAGAAAGCAAAGUGAUGGAUAUGUUGAAUUGUGCUCAAGACAGAGAGCCUGCUCUAUUCAAGGUCACAUGAGCAUGUCUACUAUAAACUCAGAUACCUUCUGCUCUGUGUGUCGAAGCUCAAGCAAUGAUAAAAUCAACUGUUUGUUGGAAUGCUGUCGAUGCCUAGUUAGAGCGUGUGUCCUCUGUGGUUAUGGAGGUGGAGCCAUGACUCGAGCGACGAUGAGUCACAUGAUUGUCAAGAGCCUCCUAAAAGUGUGGAAUGGUGAGAAAUAUGGCAUGCCUAAGCAUACAACUUCAUGUGAAUUUUUUGAAAAGGAAAUAGAUGCAUUCCCAUCCUCAAAAGCAGGUUCAAAAGUUGAUCAAGAAAGUGUUUUUCUGGAGUCCAAAGUUGUUGAUACAUCGACAGAUCUGGUGAAAGUUCAAAUAUCUAAAAAUCACGUGCAACACACCCUUACCACUGUUUCUAAUUUCAAGGUUCAUAACAGCAUUACAGCAGGAGUUCUUGAUGCAACUGUUAAACAAUGGAUUCACGUGGUUUGUGGUCUUUGGACUCCUGGAACAAGGUGCCUAAAUGUUGACACAAUGAGUGCUUUUGAUGUAUCUGGUGUUUUGCGUCCCAGAGCAGAUGUGGUUGCUAUAUGGAUGGCUGAUUGCUCUGUCAAGUUUCAUCCUUGGUGUGCUCAUCAAAAGGGCUCUGUUAAUCCCAUCAAAACAUGUUUGGAGCUUGAAUCAGAAUUGCUAAACCUGUUACAAAGUGAGACUGAAGGUAUUGAUGACGAGAAGAUUGGAUUUUAUGGAAGAUGCAUGCUUCAUACUAUUGAACCUAGAUAUCUGUCUAUAUAUGAUCCUAUUGAUGAAAUGGGAAGUCAAGAAGAAAAGGAAUUCACCUGUGCCAGAGCAGGGGUAUUUUCUUCGUUCAUUGCAAUUUUGGGACUUCAUCUCCUCUCGUGGGGUUAUAAGGGCCGCAGAUGGGAUGGUUUUCAGAAUAGUCACUGCCAAGCUGGAUCCCUUGUGCCUGAGGAGCAGCUAAAUGCUUGGAUUCACAUCAAUGGGCAGAAAUUAUGUUCUCAGGGACUCACAAAAUUCCCAGAUUUAGAUAUGGAGCAUGACUGUCGAAAGGAAUAUGCUCGGUACAAACAAGCAAAGGGAUGGAGACGCCUUGUUGUUUACAAGUCCCGUAUACAUGGUCUUGGUCUUUACACUUCUCGAUUCAUUUCCCGGGGUGAAAUGGUGGUUGAAUAUAUUGGUGAAAUUGUGGGACUGCGUGUGGCUGAUAAAAGAGAGAAGGAUUAUCAAUCUGGAAAGAAACUUCAGUACAAGAGUGCUUGCUACUUCUUCAGGAUAGACAGAGAGCAUAUUAUUGAUGCUACAAGGAAAGGGGGGAUUUCUCGGUUUGUUAACCACUCAUGCCUGGCGCUAUAUGAACUGAUGACUUGCCAUUAUGGGCUACUUGGCAGUGUUCAUGGGGCCUGGAAAAUACAAGUCACUGCAAUGUAA